CCUUUUCAUUUUUUUGUGCUAUCUUUUUCAACAUACCUAAAUCCAACCCUCAUCAUGGCCUUUGGUGUGGUGUAGAGGAGCCAUUACAAAAUGAAUGACAGACAGAAUGAGUUUUUUUUUCGAAAUGGCACUUGGCGAAAGUUUGAGCGCGCAGCUCCCGAAAUCGAUUUUAGCAUACCUAAAGAUUCAUUUCUAGUAAAAACGUAAACAAAAUGCCCGAAACAAUUAUAGAAUGUGUUAUCACUGGCAAAUUAGACAGCGAUUUGUUGCUCAAAUGGUUAAAAAACGAAAAUUUGGAGGACACGCCUGAAGACUGUGUACUAUACUGUUGUAGCCGAAAUGAGUUUGUGGCAUACUUUUUGUCAUAUUUGAGGGUUCAAACGAGUAGCAUCCUCCAAACCAAUAACAGCACACUACCACCGUUACACCAAACCCCAGAAAAGGUUCACAACGCUCGUCGCAAACAUAGACGGUCCAUCAGCGACCCGACAAGCGAGGACCGAAAGGAUUCUCUAUCUGUCAAAUCCCAAUCGCAACGUAGUCAUGAAUCCCCGAGCAAAGACCGCAAGAAAACCGGCCGCAGGGUCAAAACUAAACUCUUUCCGGAGGAUAAGAACUUGUCCGUGUCAUCAGAUGAAUCCAGACUGAGUUUGGGCAUGGAGAGAGUGGCCUUAUCGAGCACGCCACUGAAGAACGGACUCAAACUAUCGGAUUACCCGAAUCUCGCUAGUCCGGUCACACCAAAAAGUUUCAGAGACCACGAAAGGUGCGACACUCCGAGACUCAGUCACAGCCACAGACACAGAUCGCACGAAAAGAGUUGCUUAGGAGACUACAUGGUCAACGUACAGAAGAGUUCUAAAAAGAAGAAAACCUUUAAAAACGCUUCAGAUGAUAGUGAAACUAAAAUCGAAUUAGAUUUGAGCAAUUCGGACAUAUUUCCUGAAAUUGGCGCUAGGAAAUCCAGCUCGCUGAGGUCGGAGAAGAGAAGGAUUAAACCGACGAAUAUAGACAAGAGCACGUCGCGAAAGAGUUUGUCUUUGAAUAGUUUCAACUCCGAUUGCUUCCAACAGCCGUCGCCGCUGGCACUUGAGGAUAAUGCCGCUUUUAAACAGCAAAGCGUGCAACCCAAAGAGUCCUCCAAUACUUUUGAAGCGGAACGGAGCAUGCUGAAACUGGAAAGGCACAAAUUAAUGGAGAAAUUCAACAUUUUAAACACCACCACGUCUCCUAAACCUCUGACGCCCACAAUAAAAAUCUCGCAGAAGGAUUCCUUUGAGAAAUCACAGAGUUUCAUCAAACCCGAUGUCACUAAAAUAGUUCUUAAAGAGAAGCUAGAGUUUUUGAUAGAAAUAUACGAUGCUUUAAUAAACACCAACUUGAUAUUGAGUGUGAAUACAGAGAUAUACUUUUUGAUAACCAUUUUGCUAUCCAUGCAACAAGAGGAGGAUUUUAAAGAGAUAGAAUCGCAGUUGAGCAGUGAAAACUUGCAUUUCUUGUUGAAAAGCAUACAUAAUUGCACGUAUUUCGCUGUGAAAGCCUUGUGGAAUUUGAGGAAUGUGCUAGAAGUGAUAUUGGACAAGAAUUCUUUGAAGAUUUUAGGGGAGAAUAAAAAGGUUAGGUCUUUCUGUCCAGAUUUGGCCAAGUUUUUGUUGAAUUCGUACGGUUUGAAAUGCGAGUUGGAGAACAAUCAGGACAAGAAGAGCACCAGCGCUGGUAGGUGUUCCAACGUGGUGAUCUGCUUCAACCAUGAAACUGAUAAUGUGGACAACUUCCCUUCGGUGCUGAGUUUCCAGAACUUCAAGAAGCAGAGGGACAUGUUCUAUGAAAUAUUGAGAUGGUACCAAGAGUCCCAAUCUACAGGGUGUUCUCGCACUACCUUCAGAGCAAGAAUAAAGACGCUAUUGUCUUGUGGUGUAUCACCGGCUAAUUAUGUACAUCUAGCCGCAUUGUUCAUGCAGCAUAUGGUGGCGGAGUGCCUUCCAGCUAAUUUACAGGAAUCAAAAUUGAGUAAGCUACAGCGUAGGCUCACGUGCCCAAACUCGACGGAAUCUCACCGACUCCCAAUCUUUUCGGACAAAGAGACCUUUUACAAGGAGUUCAUAAUGUACACAGAGAACGAACCAUUCAGAAUACACCUGAGGGAUGCGCUUUGUUCAGAGAUCACUAUAUUGGACUCUACCCCCAUAGCCACAGAGGACAGGGGAAGUUCGAAUAAUUCGGAUAUCAGUAAAGAGUAUCACAGCGUAGCUAAGAAACUGGGUCUUUUAUCCAAAUUCCUUGGUUUUCUAACUUCGUUGCCUUACACGCACAUUCCUGAGCCGAGCUCCAAGAACAUAGUUGUGCCGCGAGAGGUCGCCACUCAUUAUAUGCCGCCUAAGGAGAAGGUUCUGGAAAACAACAUCGCUUUGAGGGAUAAUAUUCAACCAUCAAUCGACUUGAAAGGCAUACUUUUGAGCGCUUACGAGAAUUCCCGCCUAAUCAUCACAGUACCAUGGAUAGUUCACUACCUAUCCAUGUUGGACUACGCUUCACUAAGAACCAAAUACUACAAAGAACUACUGAAGACUCUGCAUCACAUAUACAUUCACCGUUUAAAAGUGUCCCAAAGCAAUUACAAGAAGAAUACAGUGAUAUUUCUGAAAAGUGUUUUAGGGUGGCUAUUCGAUCUGCCACAUUACCCGCAAGAAAUAAUCUGUGAUAGUGUCAGUGUUGCAAGUGAAGUGAAUUUGGACUGUUACGAUGUGAUUGAUGAAGUGAUUUUGUUCGAUUUAUGCCCUUAUUUGAGGGAUUUGAAUGUGUUACUGUCUACGUGUAAAGUCAGUAGCGAACAGAAGGAUAUGGGCAGCUUCAGGCAUAUAACUCCAGUUAGUUUGAGCUUGAAUACGGAAGAUCGGUUGAAGAAUAAGGAGAGAGAGUUGCAGGCCCGUCUGGAAGAAGAAAUGCUCAAAAGUCAGCCAUCAUCGACCCGUAGAGUAGUAGAAAUGGUUACGGAACGAGUCGCAGCGGCCACAGUACGAGAGUUGACGGUUACUCUCGGCACAGCCAGAGAUGAGGCGCGGGUUAAAGCCGCGGGGCUAGUUAGAGAACGGGGGCAUUUGGGACACACUGUGCUACUCCAAUCCCUACAAUCUCUAUACAAUGAGCAAUUGCAACACUUGCGCUCGACCGCUAUCGACACUUGUAAGACUACAAUGAGUCGUCGGAUCGGGUCAGCGCUGCAAGCGCUGCUGCCGUCGGCGCCGGCGCCGCUGCACGCGCUGGCGCUCAACCACUGCGCGAGGCGACUCGCGAGAUGGGUGGCCGACCACUGGACUAGCUCUGCUGUCUUAUGCAAGGACAUUGAAGCCGAAAUGAAGAAUCUCCUAGCUAUAGGCGAGGCUUGUCUGUCACCGAAGCCAGUGUUGUGCAUAGAAGCUGUUACAGCACCGCAGCAAGAAUUCGACGCGAAUAAUAUUAGUCCGACGAGUUGUAUCAUCAAUUUGAAGGAACAGAUAUGCCAACUCCUGGAUGAUGAAGAGCCGUCAGAUCUGAUGACCACACUGACUUCAUGUGCUCUGUGUUGUUCUCCAAAUAAUGUGUUCGGGAGACCACCGACUCAACGAGCUAUAUUGCAGUUGAGUGUAGACUUGUGCAUUGUGUAUGUGAGCAGAAAACCUCAAGAAGCAAAUGAGGAAUUCCUCAACGCUCUCCACAUAAUAUGGAAUACUUGCUGUCCAGACCGGAAACGGAACGAGCCCGAAGAGUUAUCUCUCCCUGAACGGAGAGCGGAACUCUCACCUGAGUUCAGAAACUUCGAAGAAGACGAUGACCGGGCUCAAACACCAAUAUCAGACGAUGAAAAUGGUGCUUGCAAAAUAGUGAAUAUAAAGAUAAUCAGUGAUUUUAAAGUGGUCAAUGACAAAAGUGUUAAUGACAGUGCAAUUAGUGAUAGAAACAUUACUAAUGUCGAAGAACAUAGCGAUGAAAACUUAGAAUUCUUUAACCGAGUGCUGUGUCCGAGGAAUAUUGUGUUGCUUAGUUCAUCUAAGUGUAAACAAAGUGAUGUAUGGGAGUCUCUAGCUACUGUCCUGGUAUUUUUAUUGAAAAAUGAUUAUUUGAGCGAAGAUUCGCUCACCGAGCAAUGCUUAGCGGUCUACAGACAGGAUUGGCCACAGAACAUUCUAGAAAACCUGUCGAAUUGCAUGAAAUCCGUGUCAUCACGAUGGUCUCGAUCGUCUACCGGUAAGUUUACGUUGUUUUUGGACUUCCUGGCAGAAUACUGCGGCGAUAUGGACUAUGAGCCGAUGGAUUGAAGUUUCGCGUUCGGAUUGAAUCUCCGCGUUUGGAUUGAAUCGCCAAUUUCUCAUUUAAGUGCUAUUUUUGAUCGAAGUGCUGCUUUUGGAUUGAAGCUAUGUAGUUGGAUCGAAGCGUUGCAUAUGGAUUGAAGCACCACACUCGUAUUAAACAUAGUACUAAAUUUGGAUUAAAACAUUAAAUUGGAUAGAAGCGCUACAUUUUCAAAAGAAAUCAUGUAGUUGGAUCGAAGCACUGCAUGUGGAUUGAAAGACUACAUUCGUAUCGUCUUAUGAAACUUGGAUUGAAGUGCUAAA